CGGUGGUCGCCGCCCGUGUCUUUUCUUCAGCGAUUCCUAGGCCAGCGGAGAUCAGAUAGACGCUUUUGUUUAGCGAAGCCAUGGGAAAAGCUUCCAAGGACAAGCGGGAUAUUUAUUACCGGAAAGCGAAAGAGGAGGGGUGGCGUGCGCGGAGUGCUUUCAAGCUUCUCCAAAUCGAUGAGGAAUUCAACAUCUUCGAAGUAAGGUGGGGCCUGCUCGGCAGGAGGUCAAAGUGGCCAACAUCCGGGGUAGGCGUCCGAUCGGGCGAGCUACCUUCCCGAUCAGCAGGAAGAGUAGCCGGUCCGACACUUCGAUAGCUCGGUCUAACGCCGAGCUUCCGACGCUCAUAAGGCAAAGUAGGAAGAGACGAAGGCCGAGCGGCCAUCCCGCUCGGCUAAGCAAUGGACGCGGCUUCGACCCGGCAGGCAUGACUCCCUCGCUCGACAGGGUGGAGCCGAACAAUAGCUCAUUGGCCGAGCGGAUGCUCGGCCCUGCCGUUGCAUCACCUGAACAGCAGACUGGCCGAGCGGCUCUCCCGCUCGGCCCAAUAGCAGACAAAGGGAGCAGUUGACAAUAUCUUCCUAGGGACCAGUGUCAUCGACAGUCGGCAUGAUCAACGGCAUGGUCAGGCAGAGGAUCGUACGGUGGAAGCUUCCACUAUCACAUCAGGGAUAUGCUUGGUCUGUUCAGGUAUGGCAUCAGAUACGUUUUUUUGACACAACAUUUCCAGGUAUGCUUUGGGAAACGGGCGCGCCUCGAGAAGCGUGCAUGCGCAUCCUGGGAGCUCUAUAUAAGAAGCCCUAAAGCUUCAUCAGAGGUAUGUUUGUGACUACUGUUGCUACAGUUUGGCUGCUCCUUUACUUCACUCGCUUGCCGCUGGUAAUUGACUUGAGCGUCGGAGGGUUAUCGCCGGGGAACCCCUCUUUGACUCGGCGCUAACGACUCUGUGGUUGCAGGCUCAAAUCGUCGGAGGUCCGCAUCGCCUUCAGGCUACAUCCAGUCAACGCUCAAUUCGUCGGAGGUCCACGUCAUCAUCAGUCGACGCCCAGUCAACGUGAACGCCACCUCCCCAGCGUCCGUCGACUCAUUCUUGGACAGGAUCAAAUUUGACGCCGUCUGUGGGAACACACUUGAAUCCGAGCUGAAGAGAUGGAAGAAGCUGGACAUCAGCACACGGUGACACUCUCUCAGGAAGAACUCGACACGCUCAUCCAGGCGAAAGCAGCCAAGAUAGUAGAACAGCAACAGAAGGCGUUAGCCGAUCGGCUAGCGCAACAAGCAACAUCGUCGUCUGGAGGCCGACCGACGCAGAAAGUUCGAUCGGAGCAGCUUUCUAUUUGGGGUCAAAACAAGGGACCGACUGGCACUCAAGUAGAAGAGCUACCCGCCCCGAUACCAUUUCAUCGCGCUCUUUUUUUUUCCAAGAUUGCGCAAGCCAAUCGAUACUGGUCUUCAUCAGACGAAGCUCUCGUGCGGGACGCGAGAAAAGGCAAAGUGUCCCAAGCUGAAUCAUCCCCCGAGCGGAUUAACCGCCAAUUCGCCGAGGCGAUUCUGCAAGGCACUACGCUCCAUUGUCAAUCGGAGAGUAUAAUGGAACAACCGACCCGGACGAUCAUCUGGGUAAGUUCGACAACGCCGCCACUCUUCAUCAAUACACAGAUGGAGUCAAGUGCCGAGUCUUCCUCACUACAUUAUCCGGCUCGGCACAACGUUGGUUUCGGAGAUUGCCAGACGGGUCGAUUCAGAGCUUCAAGGGCUUCCGAACGGCCUUCCUCCACCACUUCGCCAGUAGCAGGCGCUAUCAGAAGGCUAGCGUUAGUCUGUUCUCUAUGAAGCAAGGGCCGAGAGAGACUCUGCGGGCCUACAUUCAACGCUUCAACCAAGCAGCCAUGGACAUCCCCGCGGUCUCGUUUGAAACCAUGAUGCAUGCCUUCGCCCAAGGGCUCGUUGACGGGGACUUCUUCCGCUCGCUCAUCAGAAAGCCACCUCGCGACUACGACCAUAUGCUGAAGAAGGCCAGCGAAUAUAUCAACAUAGAGGAAGCUCAGGCGGCCCGAAGGAAAGAAGCACCGUCAGAACCUUCGGUGCACACCGAGCGGAGGCCGCCGAUGAGCCAUCAACCACCAAGGGGGCCGCGGGCAGAGGGAGCACGACCGCACCACGAAUCGAGGCCACACGCCGUUUAGCACGUGGCUUCCGAGCGACCUAGACAAAAGGGAAAGGUAUGAACUCCAAUGUUCUGUUACUUUCACCAAUCAGCAAACCACAAUACCCGUGAUUGUCGCGAAUAUAUCCCGGUAGCUCACCCAACUCCCAGAGGCUACCGAUGCCGAUCUCCUUCGCCCGAUCGGCAACAUGGGCGUCAAGGCGCCGAACGACGAGAGGAGGUUAGACGAUCACCCGAGCGGCAACAUCGCCAGCAACUAAGGAAUAGCGACUGAUCCUGUCCGAACGCUGAAUCGAUGGACGCUGGGCACGUAGCGCUCUCCCAACCGAUGACGUGGCUCUCUGACUGACCGUAUGGAGCUCCGGCGAACCUGUAAAGAAGUCGAGCCGGGAAGGGGUUUCCGGCGACGACCCUCCGACGCUCAAGUCAGAUUAUGUGAUCCGGUGGUAAAGUGGGGUCUGCCCGGCAGGAGGUCAAAGUGGUCAACAUCCAGGGUAGGCAUCCGAUCGGGCGAGCUACCUUCCCGAUCAGCAAGAAGAGUAGCCGGUCCGACACUUCGACAGCUCGGUCUAAUGCCGAGCUUCCGACGCUCAUAAGGCAAAGCAGGAAGAGACGAAGGCCGAGCGACCAUCCCGCUCGGCUAAGCAAUGGACGCGGCUUCGACCCGGCAGGCAUGGCUCCCUCGCUCGACAGGGUGGAGCCGAACAACAUCUCAUUGGUCGAGCUGAUGCUCGGCUCUGCCGUCGCAUCACUUGAACGACAGACUGGCCGAGCGGCUCUCCCGCUCGGCCCAAUAGCAGACAAAGGGAGCAGUUGACAAUAUCUUCCUAGGGACCAGUGUCAUCGACAGUCGGCAUGAUCAACGGCAUGGUCAGGUAGAGGAUCGUACGAUGGAAGCUUCCACUGUCAUAUCAGAGAUAUGCUUGGUUUGUUCAGGUAUGGCGUCAGACAUACUUUUCUGACACGACCUUUCCAGGUAUGCUUUGGGAAGCGGGCAUGCCUCGAGAAGCAUGUGUGCGCCUCCUGGGAGCUCUAUAUAAGAAGUCCCAAAGCUUCAUCGGAGGCUCAGAUCGUCGGAGGUCCGCAUCGCCUUUAGGCUACAUCCGGUCAACGCUCAGUUCGUCGGAGGUUCACGUCAUCAUCAGUCGACGCCCACCCAGUCAACGUGAACGCCACCUCCCCAGCGUCCGUCGACUCAUUCUCGGACAGGAUCAUCAUGUUUUUAGGAUUCUUCCUAUAAUCAUACUUCUUGGAGUAAAACGUGUAGUUGAUCUCUGUGCAGCUCCUGGUAGCUGGAGUCAGGUCUUGAGUCGCAAAUUGUAUGUUCCAGCAAAGUUGUCAUCAGCUUCUAGGGAUGCUGAUCUUCCACUUAUUGUUGCAAUCGAUUUGCAGCCUAUGGCUCCUAUUGAGGGUGUUAUUCAAGUGCAGGGUGAUAUCACUAAUGCUCGAACUGCAGAAGUGGUAAUCCGACAUUUCGAUGGGUGCAAAGCCGAUUUAGUUGUCUGUGAUGGUGCUCCAGAUGUUACUGGCCUACAUGAUAUGGAUGAAUUUGUUCAGUCUCAACUUAUAUUGGCAGCUCUAACAAUUGUUACUCACGUGCUUCGAGUAGGUGGAAAGUUCAUUGCAAAAAUAUUCCGGGGUAAAGAUACAAGCCUUCUGUACUGCCAACUGAAACUAUUUUUUUCCCAGGUUACAUUUGCAAAGCCCAAAAGUAGUCGUAACUCAAGCAUAGAGGCAUUUGCUGUUUGUGAGAAUUAUUCACCUCCUCAAGGUUUUAAUGAGAGAGAUUUAUAUCACCUUCUGGAAAAAGUUGGCACUCCCUCUGGCGUUGAUGAUUUAGAUUGCCGAAGUGGGUGGUUAGAGGGACCAAACAAGAUUUACAUUCCAUUUUUAGCAUGUGGAGACCUCAAUGGCUAUGAUUCAGAUCGUUCCUACCCACUCCCAAGUUCUUCAGAGGGUCGCUUAUACAAGAGUUUGGAUCCCGUGCAGCCUCCCAUUGCUCCACCCUAUAAAACAGCACUAGAACUGAAGAAAGCUUCGAGUCACGGGAUUGUCGACAUUGAAAAGCUAUCUUUGAAUUCAGAUUUGUAAAACACUGAAUAAUUUAAGUAGAUUCGGUUAUAUCUAUUAUAGUUUCCUCAA